AAAAGCUCUCUCUUCUUCUUCUUCUUCAUAUUUUGGCCUCAAAGAAGCAAGAAAAAAAUAAAGAAAAGAGCUGUAGAUCAAUUCUUGCUACACCAUGUCUGCAAUGGUUGAAGUUAGAGUUCCCAAUCUGGACUGCGAAGGCUGCGCUUCAAAGCUACGGAAAGCCAUACUCAAACUCAAAGGUGUGGAUGAAGUGGAGGUGGACAUGGAGAUUCAGAAGAUAACAGUAAGAGGUUAUUCGGUGGAAUUAAGGAAAGUUCUGAAGGCGAUUAAGCGCAGCGGCAAGGCGGCGGAGGCGUGGCCUUAUCCGGGAGGACAUACGCAUUUCUCGUAUUUCUACAAGUAUCCGUACAACGUCGUAUCUCAUUAUUACGAAUCUUCUAGAAACGUCGCCGCCCCUAACGUCCACACGUUCUUCCACACGCCGGCGAUUUACUCCGUCGCCGUCGCCGCCGACGAGACCGUCGCCGGACUUUUUAGCGACGAAAACCCUCACGCCUGUGCAGUCAUGUGAUCGCCGUUAGUUAAUUUUUUUUUUGUUUAUUUAUUUUUGCCUCUUUUUGUUCUUAUUUUUUUUUGAGGGGUUUGUUACUCUAUUUGACCGUUUGUAUUAACAUAUUGAGUUUUGCUUUGUAUUUUUAA